AUGACAGUGUUGAAUGUAUUGAUGCUGGUCGCUCACAUCCAGCAAAGUCAUGCUCUGGAAGACAAUGCAGCUUUUGCUCGGAUCAUUCCAAACAGACUGCAGGUCUUUGACUACAGCUCCAUCUCUUUUAAUUGUGAGGGUUACACCAUGGAUGAAUGGAGCGUGGUGAGGAAGAUAAAGGGAGAAGUCAGUCCGUGUGUCAGUAACUGGGUGACGACAGCAUAUGUCUGUGCCAUCAAACCAGCUUAUCCAACAGACAGCGGAGAGUACUGGUGUGAGGCUGGAGAAGGAGAGAGAAGCAACACUGUCAACAUCACUAUCACUGCUGGGUCUGUGAUCCUGGAGAGUCCUGUUCUUCCUGUGAUGGAGGGAGAUGGUGCCACUCUGCGCUGCAGAAGUAAAAAGACCUCUGCUGCCCACAUAGCUGAUUUCUAUAAAGAUGGCCUCUUUUUUGGCACCAGCUCCAUUGGAGAGAUGACCGUCCAAAGUGUUUCAAAAUCUAAUGAAGGACUCUACAAGUGCAGCAUCUCUGACUUUGGAGAAUCACCAGAGAGCUGGCUCGCUGUCAGAGCACGUCACAUCGAAACUCAGUGCUCUUCCUCAGACGACACCUCAGAUCACUCCUGUCAUAUUUACCUCGUCUUAAGGACUGUGUUCACCAUCGUGAUUGUGGCUCUGCUGCUGCUGCUGGUGGGACUACUUCACUAUGGGAAACUCAAAGUUACAUAA